AUGGACCGAGACUUGCGCCGCGCAACGACGCCCGCUGCGGACCCAUUGUCGUCUGAUUUCAUUCCCCUUCUCUUUCACGACUUUGGUGCUGGGACGCCUUCGUUAGAUCUUCACCUGACAGUACUUUUCUACGGCCUCAAUGCUGUCCGGUUCCUCAGCGUCAUCUCCCUCAUACUUGUAUUCUCGAGCACAAUAACUGUUAUGGUCCACAAUGUCAAGGCUUUUAACACGUUCGAAGCUAACCGCGGCAGUGACUCUGAGUUGGAGGACUGCGAUUACAUCGAAGGCAGUACGAUUCCCAAUCAAGCCGCUGGGGUCUUCUGGGCUAUGGUAUCCAGCCUACUUAUAAUAUUCCAGACCAUCGUCCUCCUUUUGUCUGAAGUAGAAUGGCCUUCAGUCUUUUUUGAACGUUUCUUCCCCGUUCUCGGACUCGGAUUCGGACUCGGUGCUCUCGGAAUCUUUCAAUGCCUGAUUGGGGCCCAGAUUCUCUCACAUCAUGUCGACGACUUUACCCUCGUGUCUGCUUUCCUUUUGUUCUCCAUUGGUUGCCUGAACAUGCUGCUCGGGCUCAUAUUCCGUGAAUCCGCCAAGGAGAAGCGGUCUAUCAGUGCAUGGCGUUCGGGUGCCAAGGGGAUACUCCCCACGUCCCGGGAUAACCACCCCGUCUUCGUCAAUGCGUCUCCUUCAUUUGUGGGGAAUACAUUUGCUGGGGACGAAAAGGCCCAGCCAGCUUCGGCAUUUGGCUCGUUCAGGAGCACGGACAAGGCUUCGUUCGGAUUCGGUCGACAGGGCGAGAAGGCAGCUGGGUUGAGAGGAUUCAUCCUCCAGAGACCUGACGAAGCCUUACCGCGCUAUGCGACACCUUCCCCUACUCCACCCGCUCCCGUUCCCGUUAGCCUCUCUCGCAGUCCGUCGACGCGGUCGUCGACUUCCAGUUUUUCUUCCCCGUACCGGCCUAGCGUCGCAACGCAUGCCAUGCGGGACUCGCAGGAAGUAUCUGAACCGCCGGUGUUCAGGUCGAGUCCUACUGCGUUGUAA